UCGUAUUUUCAAGGUAUUAGUGAAAGCCGUGUUUACGAAUUGAUGCAUGCGGUUUGGCGGGUAUCUUCAUGCGGUUGAUUGAUAGUGGAGGUGAAACAAGGCAAAGAUUUACAUUCAUUUAAGAAAUAUGAGCUGGUUAAGCUUUUUAAGGUUUGCGCAACAUUCAAAAAUCCCAACAGCAGUGACCAGAUUUCAUACCUCUAGACCUGUGUUUGGAAGUUUGAGAGUGAAUCUCCUUUACAGUUUGUCUGCACAAAGUUCGUCCACUCUAGAUAUUAAUUAUUUGAAAAAUGUGUCACCAAGUAUAUGCAAUGUAGUACUGCAGCGUUCCGCAUCCACAUCAGAGAUAUUACCCGCUAAGAAGCCUUUAUCGAGCAUAGAAGUACCAGUUCCUAAUCCCCCAAAACGCCCUCCAAAUGCAUAUACACUGUUUUGUAAAGAAAGCUAUGGUAAAGCUAAAGAAUCAGUCUCCAUUGAGGACCAAAAUCCGCAGAAGGUGAUGGCAAAUUUAGGAAAGAUGUGGAAUUCUCUUCCAGAAAGUGAGGCAAACAUGUACAAGUUUAAGGCUAAGGAACUCCAAGAGAAGUAUAAAGUUGCCAAGGCCGAAUGGGAGGCUAGGUUGUCACCAUUACAGGAAGAGGCCCUCCUUCACCAAAAAGAGGAACACAGCGAAGCCUUAAAGAAAAGGAAACUGAAAAAGGUUUUCAAGGAAACUGAAAAACCUGAACGAGUGAAAAGGGUACUGGCCAUCAAUUUGAUGGACGUUGAGGAUGUUGAUGUCCCAGAAGGUGGAAAUCAAAAGGAGAAAUUUACCAGGCAAGUUCAAAGAAAAACUGAACUGUGGAACUCGUUGCCAGAAAAUGAAAAAGAGGCUUUGAAAGAAAAAGCAAAAUUACAAAACAAAAAUGCUAAUGUAAAUUAUGAAAAGAAACUUGCUUCAUGGGUGCAAAAUAUGUUUGAUGAACACAGAAUGGAUAUUGUUACAAAACCUGAAACUAAAGUGGCACUUGAGCAGCUGGGAAUGCCCUCCAGAAAUAAGGCUGCUCUCCAACUGUUCAUGAUGUCAGAGCUUGGAAAGGAAAAAGGGGUAACUGUUGGAACUGCAAAGUCAGUCUUUGACAAACUCUCGAAUGCUCAGAGAGAGACAUUCUCUCAUCAAGCUAUGGAAGAUAAAGAAAAAUAUCAGCAAGAAUGGCAGGAUUGGAUGGGGAAAAUGGAAAGCAAAGGUUUGAAGAGUUAUGCAGAAGCACUCCUGGUUAAGAGCAGGGCCAAACAUACAGCUGAGAAAGUUGGGAGAAAAUCAACCAGUAAAGGGAAGAAAAAGAAAGGAAGAGGGAAGAAGAAAAGCACAAAGAAAACCCCCAAGAAAUCAUCUACUUGACAGUAUCAUGGAUGGUGAAUUUGUGUCAGAACUUUGAACCCUUCAAAUCAUGAUGUGGCUAGUCAGCUAUGUUCUCUAAAGUGGUGGUUUUGUUUGCAUAAAUAUUCUAUGUGUGCAUAACCAAGUACAUGUAGAUAUGAAGCACUGACUCGAGUGAAAUGAUAUUGAGUACACUUGACUGUUUACCAUUUUUGAAUUUCAGCACAUGAAGUAGAAAAUCUUUCAUUUUCAGGUUUAGCCUUUAUAUUUUACUGGUACAUACGGUAUCUUUUUCUUAAAAUAUAUUUUGGAAUCCCACUUUUGUGUCAUUGUAUACAAUAUUUACAAUACAUGUACAUUAUAUAUGUAUUUUAAUGUUCAUUCAAGCUGGUGCUGGGCUGAGAACAAAUUUUAACAUCUUUAUCCAAAAAAUGUACCAAGAUAAAAAAAAAUUAUUUAGUACCUGGACUCAUCGAGUAUAUGCACGUUUGAUUGUUUUGACAUGUACCUGUUUUCACUGUAUAAAGAUAAUGUGACAGCUGAUUUUUUUUAAAUCUUUCAUCUUUGUUUGCUUGAAAAUGUUGACAUUUUUGUUUGUUAGUGGAAUAUACCGGUAUCUCUUGUUGGGUGAAGUCUUUUUAACAGAUAACAUGUUACUUUCUGUAAUGCAAUGCAUCUCAGAAAAGGCAUACAGAUAUAUUUACUUGUUUUGUAAAUAUAAAGAAAAAAUAGGUAACAUCAGUUUCCAGUUUUUGACAUAACCUGUGUAUCUUGGAUGAUAUGGUUGUAUUUUUAUAUCCCGUAUUAAAUGUAUCCCGUAAAUGUGUGUGUGUGUGUGUGUGUGUGUGUGUGUGUGUGUGUGUGUGUAAACUGAUCAUGUAAAACCCAUUUCAUUUACUCCAAUGAGACAAUAUUAAAUAUCAAAUUUGGAGAAAAAAAUAA